AUGCCAUCUGCAAUCAUGGUGCCUUCCAGCACACGAAAACCGCAACGAGUCAUGCCUCGCCGUAGUUCGAGGCCAACCACAAUGGCGGGCAGAUCGCAUCUCUUCAAUCGUAGUGUCAGAAGCACACCAUAUCGCAUCAAGCGUGCCUCGGCGCAGACACUUCAUUUCGAAAAUGGCUGGAACGUGCUAGAUGCGUCUGGAGGUGCUGCAGUGACAGGCAUUGGGCAUCUCAGUACGAGGGUCGAGCAGGUCAUGAUGAAGACUCUCAAGAGGGGCAUUUCCUACGUUUCGUCGACGGUGUUCGAUACAGACGUCGCAGAAGACCUUGCACGGUUUCUGAUUACUUCGACAGAUGGCAGAAUGAGCAAAGCUGUCUUCUACUGCUCGGGGUCUGAAGCCAAUGAGGCAGCCUACAAGCUCGCUCUGCAGUACCACGCCAAGGAGAAAGCGAACCCUGAGCCAACUCGUACUCUGUUCAUUGCCCGAGACCGUUCGUAUCAUGGAGCCACUCUCGGUGCUCUUGACAUCAGCGGCCACAAAGGACGACGGGAGUUGUACGAGCCUGCCUUGCCACGCAAUGCACACCACAUCUCGCCAUGUUAUUCUUACCGUGGUCUUCAGUCGGGGGAAACAGCUGCCGAGUACGUGACACGCCUGAAGAACGAGCUGGAACAGAAGAUCAAGGAUCUGGGCUCCGAGAACGUGGCUGCUUUCAUAUGCGAGCCUGUGGUCGGUGCUGCACUUGGCUGCGUUCCUGCCGAAGAUGGCUAUCUCACAGCCGUGAGAGACGUUUGCGAUAAAUACGGAGUGCUGCUCAUCUUCGACGAAGUCAUGUGUGGGAUGGGUCGAACGGGUUAUCUGCAUGCCUGGCAGAAGGAAGGAGUUGCACCAGACAUCCAACUCGUCGGCAAAGGCCUUGCGGGUGGAUUCCAGCCAUUAUCUGCAAUGCUCGUUGGCCCCAAAGUGAGCGAUGCUUUUCAGUAUGGUCCAGGGUCUGGCGCUUUCAGUCACGGUCACACCUUCCAAAACUUUCCCCUGGCAUGUGCCGCCGGCCUCGAAGUCCAAAACAUUGUCCAGGAGGAGAGGCUGCUGCAGAAUGUCAGAGAUAAGGGGUCUAGGCUGUCGAAAAUGCUGAAGAAGCGCCUCAGCAACCACCAACAUGUUGGCGAUAUUCGCGGUGUAGGAUUAUUCUGGGGUAUUGAGUUCGUCAAGGACAAGCAGACCAAGGAGCCGUUUCCUGCUAGUAUGAAAGUGAACUGGGAAGUAUAUCUUAAAGGUCUUGCUCCUCCAUACGAGGUCCACGUCUACCCGGGGACGGGUACUGUGGAUGGCACAGACGGCGACCACAUCCUCAUUUCUCCGUCGUACAACAUCACUGACGCCGAAGUUGAUGCCAUUGUCGACCGUGUAGGUCGACUGGUGGAAGACUAUUUUGAGGCGCUCAACAUGCCACGCACUCCCUAG